AUGUGCAAACUGCGCAGCAGCAGCGAAAAUGCAAGGACAGCAACAGCAGCAGCAACAGCUGCAGCAGCAACAGCUGCAGGACUGCAGCAGCAACAGCUGCAGCAGCAGCAAAACAGCCGCAGCAGCAACAACAGCUGCAGUAGCAAAAACAGCUGCAGCAGCAGUACCAGCUGCAGCAACAGCAACAGCUGCAGCAGGAGGAACAGCUGCAGCAGCAGCAGCAGCUGUGGUGGCAGCAACAGCUUCGGCAGCAGCAACGCUUCGGCAGCAGCGACAGCUGCGGUAGCAACAGCUGCAGCAGCAGCAACAACUGCAGUAGCGACACCAGCUGCAGCAGCAACAAAAGCUGCAGCAGCAGCAAGAGCUGCAGCGGCAACAACAGCUGCAGCAGCAGCAACAGCUGCUCGUGCUCGCCGUUGGGCGGCGACGCCCGUGCUGCAGCAGCAGCUAGCUGCUGCAGCAGCAAACUGA